GCGCUUCCGCGAGGGCUUCCUCCUGCCCGGGGCGCCGCUGGUGCUGGUGGGCGUCGUGGACCACUGGCCGUGCCUGCGCAAGUGGAGCGUGGAUUACAUCCGGCAGUUGGCUGGCAACCGCACUGUCCCCGUGGAGCUGGGAGCUCGUUACACUGACCAAGAUUGGUCCCAGAAUCUCAUGACGGUUGGGGAAUUCAUCAGCCAGUACAUCGAGGAGGAGAAUCCCAAUGGGUACCUUGCUCAGCACCAGCUUUUUGACCAGAUCCCAGAGCUGAAGCAAGAUAUUGGCAUCCCAGAUUAUUGUUGCCUGGGCAAAGAUGAUGAAGAGGAGAUCACCAUCAAUGCCUGGUUUGGUCCAGCAGGGACCAUCUCACCUCUUCACCAGGAUCCACAACAAAAUUUCUUGGUCCAGGUGAUGGGGCGCAAAUAUAUCCGCCUAUACUCUCCUGAUCAGUCUGAAAAACUCUAUCCAUAUGAUAGCCACCUUCUUCACAAUACCAGCCAGGUUGAUGUGGAAGACCCCAACUUAGUAAAAUUUCCUAAGUUCAAAGCAGCUGCAUUUCAAGACUGUGUCUUGAGCCCUGGACAGGUUCUGUUUAUCCCAGCCAAUUACUGGCAUUAUGUUCGAGCCCUAGACACCAGCUUCUCUGUUAGCUUCUGGUGGUCUUAGCUUAUGUUGAGAACAGAAAAGCCCUUUCGAGACAAAGAAUCGGUACAAACAUGAGUGCCACGGCCGAUCCCAGAAAAGCACACCCAUCCAAAGACUGAACAGCCUAGCCUUCUGGGCCCUUCUACAUGCAAAUGCAUCGGAAUAACAGACUUUGCAAUGUUCCGUCCCAAGUUUAUUUCUCAGUAGAAGAUCUCAUGUCACUCACUUAAGCAAGUCAUCCUGCAGAGUCCCAAAGGGGUUCUUGGGUGAGAUAUGCAAUGAAAUCAAAAGCCCCUUAACUGCUCUACAACUCACAAAUUCAGAGAGGAUGAGUGAUGCUGGCAGCAAGAGGCAGUUAGUUGUCUUUGGGGAGAGGCAGGGGCAGCCCGCUGGAGUAGCUUUUCUCAAGGUUCUGAGAGGUAUCCCAGUUGUGCUAAGCGGAAUAGAGCCCUGCCUAUGGUAGCUUCCUUCAUAAAAUAAAGGAGAAAUGUUGAGGACAACACUCCAAGCAGUAAGAGGCAGGCCAGCAGCCCAGGUACCAUUCAAAGCAAAAAAAAAAAA